AUGAAGGCGCUGCAUCUCCUGGGGUCGACGCUCCUCAUCUGGGAAUUCCAGGGCCAAAGGUCCGCGUUCGCCGCCAAGCUUCGCGUCAGGAGGAAUGCCAAGGCAUCGCUUUCCAGCCAGCUGAAGAACAACUAUGGUUUCAUUUUUUUUCUUCUGCUGUUCUUUUGGUGCUGCACCAGUGCCAGGUUUUAUUUCAAACGGUUCAACAAGAUUUUUCGCCAUUCCGUCGAUUAUUUUUAUUCAGGUGCCAUUAUGACUUCGUACGUGGAGCAAUUGAAUUCCGGGGUGGUGCAGGACUGCUCCAAAGAGUCGUCCACCGCGCUUGUUAGUCCGACCAUCGAGGGCUAUCCGCACCGGUGUGGGUGCUUCAAACUACCAGUCCGCUGAUUCGCUCCACUUGUGUCUUGUCGUUGUAAAGCUGCGCGUAGCAUAUUCCUAUAUAAUGCCCAGGCUGGAUUUCUCCCGAGAUCAAAAAGCGUCUCAUCCUCAUGCGAAUAAAGCUGCUUCAACUUGGCAAUCGCGCUCCUUAUAUUUAUAAUUUUCACAAUUUUGGAGAUUCAAUUCUCGCACCUGAGCAGGCCUUUGGUCUCUCCGGGUCGGUACUACAGUGUGAUGCGAGGUUUUCAGUGACGAGAGAACGAAGCCCCCAGCGGGGGGCGCAUUGUUCGACAGCUAGAGGCUUGGGAUUUGUGGAUACGAGGCGACGGGGCGUGCCACAGUUUUUUGGCGAUGGUUUCGCGAGGGUUGCUCGUGCUGACGGCGUUUGGCGUUGUUGUGUUUCGGAUGCACCAGUAGCUCGCAUCCCGCUGGGGGCGCGGACCCGUUGUUUAUUAUUCUGUCCUGUCAUCUGUUCCUGUUGGCCGUCUCGCGGUUACGUUAGGCUGGGGCCUAGGUCUUUUAGUUACACAUUACCCACACGAGAACUCUUCCUGGCGGACACGCGGCGGGGUGUAGGUGGACUGCCCACUUGUAUUCUUUCUUGAUUCUACCUCUACGGUCUGGUGCAUCUCGUUUCGCGAUGGAGCUGCCCUCCUGACCUGAGGCACUUCUGUUUUCGGGAGGCUUGAUGCCUCGCUGCGCUGGUACUUAUCUCGGGGACUGCCUGGCUUUCUUUUUCGGACUCUCUUUUUCGUUUAUCUGGCACCAGGGGAGCUUCGCUCUAUCCCCGGUCUCGCCUUGCUUUGGGAACAGGGGUCGUCUGGCACUGGCGGUAUCCAAUCCGUUACCCUUGCGAACUUGUUCCCAGGCUGGGGCUGGUGGUUCGGUGUCUCCUUCGUUCGCCCUCUGUUCCCAUCGCGGGGCGGGGCCGGGGUUUCAUCUCGUGGUUGCUUGCCUGCGCCAAAAGUUGUCUGUGGCGCGUGUGUUGCUGUUGCGGGAAGGCCCAGCUGAGCCGGGGCCGAACAGUGCGCGCUACUUGUGGAACCCUUGCGGGGUCGUUGGUCGGAUAGGGGGUUUCGAGCCCGUCUUCGCGCAGACGGGCACGGGGGCUUCCCGCUUGCGCGGGCCCAGUGGCUGAGAGGCCCACUGGUGCGUGGUAGUUACGCUCUACCGCCGCAUUCGAAUAAGUUUGUGUAUACCCGGGGGGUUGUAUCUCCUUGGGCGCUUUUUCCUGGAAGGGAGCGCUUGCCGAGCUUUGAGCUUUUUGUUUCGCGGGGUUGGUCUUGGAGGCCUCAGCGAGGCCGACACGAACGUCGGUGCCUGGCUUUCCCUUGGGAGGUCCUCAGGGAUUCUAGUUGUCGCAUAGUCGCGCCGAAGCUGGCAUCGCGGAUGUUUGUUUCACCUUGCUUGGGGCUAGGAAGGGUGCUCACUUACCUCUCUGCUCGGCUUCGCAGGUGGUGGUGGAGUGGGCCGUUCCCCGCUACGGAAGCUAGGCACGGCCUGCUUGACCCAGCCCCAAUAGGCGCGGUCCAAUGGGCCGCUUGGGUGUGAGCUCUGGAUAACACUCGGAAGGAACGCAACGAAAUAUAAUUUUCACAAUUUUGGAGAACUGCAACUGCUGCAAUGAAUUUCAAUUCUCGCACCUGAGCAGGCCAGCCACGUGGCUCCUUGUGAAGAGAAUUACCAGGGGAGGAUCAUCACGAGCGGACUGGUCGUGUGUUUUUUCCACUGCCAAUACCACCAAACGCAGCUGAAUCUGGUUACUGGGGCAACACCAAUCGAGCAGGUAAAGGCAGGGUUUUUUCGUGCAUAUUAUUCUGUUUCGCGGGCACGAACUUUUUCGGAAGCGCAUUUUUUCCUUUGGGCCAUUCCCCGCCGCAUUGAUUUACAGUAAGUUUCAAUGCCAAUACUGAUCGAUUCUUGAUACUCCGUGUUGAAUUGAGACUGACGAGGGCGAGAGACCCUGUCAUCGCGUCCUCGUCCCCAAAUCACAAAACGCACACCACACAACAAAUCAGGUGAAUCGUUGCGGAGAGUACUGCUCGCAGGUGUCGGACCAAGUGUGCGGCGGAUUUGUCUACUUCUAUGCCGACGAUUCGUAUGGAAUGCAAACAUUUACAAACAGCCUGGAUCGAUCGGGGAGAAAAACGUCAAUGCAGAUAAGUAGUAGCAAUGCGUGAGCACGAGUGAACAAUCGCACUUAAGUAAGUACUUACUUUCCUGCUUGUGCAGGCACUGCACAUGAUGCUGCGGCGAUCACAAUCUUUCUUCAUGUGUGCAUGUUUAUAGCCAUCGUAGAAGAAGAAGAAGGCUAUCUGCUGAUCCUGAUCUUUAGAAUCGCAAAGACGGCAGCUACAUCUACGCAGUGUUUUAUGCGUUUUCCCGCAACAAGAUGAAGCUGCAUAUUUGCAAUGCAUACCUACGGGGGAGCCAACGUCCGCGGAGAUUGCGUGUUUCUGCCCCCGUUUGAUCCGGCAAACUGCGAGGAAUCCGGCGACAAGAGCCGUGGGAGUUUUCGCCGCACCUCCUCGAUCGUCACGUCAAGCACCACAGAUGACAUCAGUAGGUAAGUGUCUGAACAAGAGGUGGGAGCAGAAGAUGGCCUAAGAACACAAGCCACAGCUUUUUUUAGAUCGUGCGGCUCUUUGAGUUCCCUUUCGCAAACGGUCAUUAUGUAAGAUUGAUUUCUUUCCGAUGGAACAAAUAUGAUAUGAAGUAUCUAGUGCACUCUCCAGAGUAUUUUUCAACAAACUAACAUGGUUCGCAGCAAAUCCGGGCUGCAGAUGGCUGUCCUUUUGAGAAUACAGAUGGUUGAAAGUCACGACGAAACGUCCUCGUGAUGGUGCUUAUGAGAACAAAUGAUGGUGGAGCAUGCAGACGGAAAGGCUUCGCUGUGAUUCGGUGGGUCACCCCGAGAGCACACGCGCUCCGUUUACAGAUAUUCACUUUCAAUGUCGACGGCGGCGUAGUUGCAGUGACCUUACUCAGAUCCAAGAUCGAGCAAACUAUUUUUUCUUGAAGACAAUGCUUGUAAACAACGAAUACGAAGAUGAAGAACAACCACUCGAACUCACACAUUUUAUCUACCACACAGCAACGGGAGCCUCGGUACCCCAGGGAAGGGGAUCCUUCUUGUAUUCUGAUUUUGAUUCGGAAGGUGAAUAACGUUUGUUACGCCUACGACUACACUGCAGCAGCUGUCAAGGAAGCGGACAAAAUUGCGGUACGCAUCAGAUGACGAAGACGCUAAAGUGAGAAUGAAAGACGAGCGCGUGAGUUGACAAAAACUCUCGCGAUAUGCGUCGAGUAGCA